UCCAAAUAGUGACGUCAUUUUUCAAGAUGUCUGCGCCCAUAGACAAACUUGAAGGGUAAAAAAAACUUUGAAGUUAUGCAACAUAAGAUCAAAGAAUGGAGAAAACAAGUGACGGAUCGUAUGUAAAAGAUGGGAAAGUUGUAUGGGAACCUAAGUCGGAGAAAAUUAAAGAAUCAUGUAAGAACAGAGCAGAGGAAUUCGACUUACGUAGACAAACUAUUGAUGAUGCUAACCCCUGUUUCGAGGAAGGUCAGAUGGCAUUAGAAUGUCUGAAGAAAAACAUGUACAAUAAAGCCAAAUGUUCCCUGGAGUUUGAGAAUACACGUGCUUGUAAGAAGUUCUGGUUUAAGGUCAAACGCAAUCGAAUGUUGAAUGGAAUUCAUCCCUUUCUGCCUGAUAAAGAAGAAAGAGAGGAGGUGAAAAAACAAUAUGCUCAUUUAUUAGAGGAUUGACUUAAACUUGUUGAAAGACACUCAUGUGCAAGUUUGUAUAUAUAUUUACCUGUAAUUGUUGGACAAUAAAAACUGCACAUUUCAA